GGCGGGAGAGCCGCCGCGCAAGCACGCUGGGGUUUUCUGCCUUGUCCUGCCAGGCGAGAGAAGCAUUUGGGGAACUGGCUGGCGAGAGGCGUGUCUGCUGCAGCAGCCUCUUCCUCCGCCCAGCCGGGUUCUUUUACCUGGAGCCUCCUUUUGCCAGCUCUCUUGGUAUUUGGGACAUUCCAAGACCUGCUUCCCACUGUUCCAUUCUCCGUCAUCAUCUGUGGAACCAAGUUAUGUCCACUGCUGCUUUAAUAAAUCUGGUUAGAACCGGAGGCCACCAAGCGAGGAGAGCACUGCUAACGUCCCGUAUUUUGCAAGACGACAAAUGCCUGGCUGUUGUGUGCCAGAGUUCGACAAGUGAACGCAGAACCUCCCGUUUUGACCUGGAUGGUAGCGGCCGUCCUGCCACUUGGGACUCAUUUGGUAUCUGGGACAACCGCAUUGAUGAGCCCAUCCUUCUACCGCCAAGCAUAAAAUAUGGAAAGCCGAUCCCGAAGAUCAGCUUGUCAAAUGUGGGCUGUGCCAGCCAUAUUGGGAAAAGAAAAGAAAAUGAAGACCGCUUUGAUUAUGCUCAGCUGACUGAUGAUCUCCUGUACUUUGCAGUUUAUGAUGGGCAUGGUGGGGUGGCGGUAGCUGACUUCUGCAAUAAGUACAUGCAAAAAUAUAUUAGAGAAUUUCUUGCUGAGGAGAAGAAUAUGGAAUUAGUAUUGAUGAGAGCUUUUUUAGAAAUAGACAAAGCAUAUCAGAGACAUGCUGAACUGUCUGCCAAUGCUACCUUGCUGACUGCUGGGACCACAGCAACUGUGGCUCUGUUGCGCGAUGGGAUCGAGCUAGUUGUGGCUAGUGUUGGCGAUAGCCGUGCACUUUUAUGUCGCAAGGGGAAAGCCAUGAAGUUGACCAUUGAUCAUACACCUGAAAGGAAGGAUGAGAAAGAAAGAAUCAAGAAAUGUGGUGGUUUUGUAGCCUGGAACAGCUUGGGACAGCCUCAUGUGAAUGGCAGGCUGGCAAUGACCCGCAGCAUAGGAGACUUGGAUCUUAAGAACUAUGGUGUGAUAGCAGAGCCAGAGACGAAACGGAUUCAGUUGCACCAUGCGAGUGACAGCUUCUUGGUCCUUACAACAGACGGUAUCAACUUCAUGGUGAACAGCCAAGAGAUCUGUGACUUUGUUAACCAGUGUCAUGAUCCCUCUGAAGCAGCUCAUGUAGUAACUGAACAGGCCAUACAGUAUGGGACAGAAGAUAACAGUACUGCUAUUGUUGUUCCAUUUGGAGCGUGGGGCAAAUACAAAAAUUCUGAGGUCAGCUUCUCAUUUAGCCGGAGCUUUGCCUCAAGUGGACGAUGGGCAUGAGGCUUUCUGCAGGAAAGUACUGAAUGCGAUGUUCUCUAGGGCCUUGCCAAACAGAAAGGAGAUAUGUAGAUCGAUGUAACUAUCUUGUCCAUCUCUUUUCGUGCAGCUAGUGAUUUCUGUCUGGGGUGCAAACUGCUAAUUGUUGCCUCUUAACAAACAUGUUUGCUACUGCUUACUUCAAACCAGUGAUUUCCAUUUCCUCCUGUUUUUGCAGAGCUACAGUUGGCUAGCAUCUUUGUAGGGAUUUUGUACCAAGAGUUUUAUACAACACUUGGUACUUUAUUGGGAGCUGAGGACAUAUGUCAGAGGGGGAAAGGCCCUCAGUGUUCACAGUAUUGCAAAGAGAAACACAUGCUAAAAGAGAAGAUAGGUGCCAUUUCUCUCUCUCUUAGUGUUUUCUUCCUUGAUUUAAAAGAAGUAGAGGGAAUCAAACAACUGGAAGAUUAAAAGUCUGCAUCAAUGACAAUCCAUUUCUGGUAACAGUUAACCUCUCAAGUUUUUGGCUAACCCAGCACUGAUUUUGAGGUAGACCAACUUUGAAGAGAAAUAUCUUCUUUGAGCUGAAUAUGGCACCUGAGACUGCUGUGCGCACAACACUAAUACGGGGGACCAGAUAUCGUGCCUUCAGUAGGUUGAAUGCUAUAUACAUUAUUUGUGUUGAUUUAGCCUUCUUGAAACAUAUUAGUACUGCAAAAUAGUUCACUUUCAAAACAUUCUGUAAAGUGUUAAAAUCAAUUUUGUUCAGUUUGAUUUUAUAUUUUCACUCUUGAUUUCAGGAGUAUAGAAGAACUCUGUCCUAGAUGCACAAUGUUAACUGGGAUAGUUAUUGAUGGGGCAGAAGGAGAAGGACAUAAGUUUUCAAACAAUUGUAGUUUUCAUUUUGUUUUUGAAUUGGUAAUAACGUGAAGUUACCCAAUUGCUUUUCUUAUCAACUGGUGUUGGAAAGGGAACAAAGCAGUUUAUUCAAAGUUGCUUCUAAUUUUCACCUGAAGUUAAAUUUUGGAGGGAAGCAAAAAGUGCCAACAAAACUAGUACCAUUUUUUCCUGGGGGUUCUCAAUAUUGGAACCUAGGUAUGAAGGGAACAAUCUGUAACUGGAAUUUCUUGGUAGGACACCAAUAAUUUAAAUGUUAGCAACAUUUCCACAGGUUAGGAACAUAAUGUGUUAUGCUGUGGGGACCAUUGCAUUUCUCUAGAUGCCAUAAGCAGAUUAUGAUGACUUCUGAGCCACCAUAUGGGAAGCAUCUGCUUUUCCAUUCCUGUACAAAUAUUUCACGUGUUUCCCUGGAGUAUAAAAACUAAGUAAAAUGAACUACUAUAUCAAGUUACAUUGCUCCCAGGUGUAACAGUGCUGAGCCUUUCAAGUGGAUCCUGAUCUCAAUGUGAACUGUGGAUUGCUGCUGUUUAAUGCCUGGGCUCCUUGGGCCAGACCUUCAUGUAAAUAAUUCCAGCUUUGCUCAUGGAACAUCCUUUGGAUGUGUACCCUUCUUCUUACAAAAGACAUGAAGUGUUUUGCAAACAGACAGUGCCCUGGUAUUGCACUGUUACUCAAUGUGUAUUUUUCAUGUUUGUAUAAUAUCUUCUCCUUUCCUCUUUAUAAAUAAAUAGUAUGUUUAAAGUGUAUAUGUACAUAUCUAUCGUGUCAAGUAGUGCACUCCUUUGGCACAUAAUGAGGAUAACUGAUUACCUACAACCAGCCAGGAAGCAUUGCCCCCGCCCCCUUUCAGCUAUCUUCAUUUACUCUGUUGAUCUUGUUGCAUACCCAGAUCUAUCGGUUAUGUAAUAUUACCCAUCAAAGUCACUGUAUGAUCCACAAUUGUCUGAGAUUGCUUUGUGGAAUUGGUGAACUAGAGGGUGAGAGGAUGCUAAUGCUAUGGAACAAUAAUUGGGAAAGGUUUCACAGAUGGACCCAUUGUACUUGUGGCUCAGUAUCCGAAAUAGUUGAAAAUUUGGCGUAGGCUUAACUACAGUUUGGAAAAACGUGUUUUCCUAAGCAGAACUUGGAAAAAACUACUGGCCAUUUUGAAGGAAAUUCUGGUUGUAGCCUCGCAAGUUCUUACCCUAACCAAAAUCUUUUCACUGCCAUCACAGAAAGUUUUUCCAGUUAACUGGUAAUUAGUCACAGGUUAAACUAUCAGCAACAUUUAGUAAAUAACGUCUAGAUUUAAUUCUUAAUGCCAGAGGCCAGAAAGCCAUUGAGAGGGUAUUUCUUGGUAGCUAAACUCCCUAGAAGCUAAAUUCAGAAUUUUACCUCUGUUAGAUUAAAAUCAAUUUUGUUCCACCAUGUGCCAGAAGAACUUCCUGCAUUUUUGCACAAUCCAUCCAUAUUUUUAAAGAAGUGCAUGAUAACUCUUGAAGGUGAAAGACUUGCUUAACCAAAAUGGUUAGAGAAUCCAGAACAAACUGAAUACUUUGAAGAUAAUGUGGACUCUCUCUCGCUCUUCGAAGAGAGGACAGGGAAAGCAUCAACAUUUAAAAACUCUUCUACUUCUAAAACUAAAACUUUGAAAUGGUAGGCCUGAAUGUAUCCUGGAGUUUGGAAAAGUGCAAGGAGGAUGUUUAAAAAUUUUUUUUUGCCCCACUGGGUUUUCACACAAUGUUAUCCUCUUGAAUGUAAGGCAGAAAGAGACUUCCCUUUGGUGACCACAGGGUUCUGAAGCAUCAAUGAUUGUUGAAUGACAAUUUCUCUGCUUGGAUGUGUGAAGUGCUUUGACAGCUUCACACAUUAUAACAAUUGUAAAAGUACUGAAGUGCACUUGUUUAUCCGUUGUAUUGCAGAAUUGCCUUAGGAAUAAUGUUUAAAAAUGCAGUGUUCAUUAUCCUCUGGGAGACCCAGUUUAUUGGAGACUCCAAGCGCUGGUACUAUCUGCUGAAUAUCUAUGUAAGCUAGUUGUGAAUAAGAAUAAAAGUUUCUACAUUGUAUACUUAUGAAAAAACAUAGUGAAUCCCCAUCCUAAUGGCUUUCCUCUUGUUUGGUGAUAAAAACCCUACUUUGAGAAGCCAAGGCAUGGCUGGCUUGCCUUUAUACAUUUAAAAGGACAUUGAUGAUGUCUGAGUUGUCAUUGUGCAUGUGUACAUAUAUUGAAAGAAUGUGGAUUCCCUGUGUUACUAUAGUCAAAAUUGUUGCUUUAAAAUAUGUGUUUGCGUAGAUAUAUAUAAUGGAAGCAGGUUGAAACCAGAAUAAUAUUUUAAUAAAAGGCUUGCUCCAAA